CAAAACGCGUUUUUUGCACACACGAACGAAACGAAAAGAAUCCAGUGCGGCAGAUUUUGUGUCUGGUGGUUCCGUUUCUCGAUUGGCAAAAAAUCGAUUCCUGAAUUUGCUCCGUUCGCCGGCAAAAUGGCCCAAAACUUCGCUGAGGACCAGUAUGGUAAGAAGAUCGACCGCUGCCUAACCGAUACGCUGAUCAAAUUCGGUGGUGGUCUUGCCCUGGGCACCGUGUUCUCGUUGCUGUUCUUCAAGAGACGCGCGUGGCCCAUCAUUAUGGGAUCGGGUUUCGGCGUCGGAGUGGCCUACACCAAUUGCGAACGUUCGCUCAAUAGCAGCAAGUAGGUAGAGGAUUACGAAUAGAGGAGAUCCAGGACAAAAUAAAGGAGGUCGCGUUGGAAUCAUGAUCGGUGCUGCCGCCCCUGCCGUCGUGGAGAUGCGGUUUUCUUAAUAAAUUAUCUUUACGUUGAUAAACUCGCCAAU